ACAUUAAAAAUUGCCUCCCCAGAACGCGGGUUUUAAGUCUCGACGCGGCGGGGGAGCAGAUACAAUGGAACCAUUGAUUCGACGCUGAUGGCUUCCGGCAACGACGCUGAUAUGACGGAGUGGAUUCCACGGUUCUCCUUCCGACUCCUCCCGCGCCACCAGAUCGCCGCCCAAUGCUUGGGUGCUCUCCACUCUCCCGACUCCUUCCUCUGCUCCAACCCCGCCGCUCGCUUCACCUCUCGCGACCCCUUCACUGGAAACUCCGAGACGAGUCCAAGCUCACCCGGCCCGAAUUGAUCGACCGGAUAUGCCGUCUCGCAGUUCUGGAACGAUUCAACGCCAUUUCCCAACUCUCCUUCGACUUCUCCGACGAUCUUCUAGGCGCCGUGCUCCGAAACCUCAGACUCAAACCCGCUGCUUCUUUAGGGGUUUUCAAACUUGCCUCCAAUCAGAAAAAUUUCAGACCUAGCGCUGAAUCCUAUUGCAAGAUAGUUCAUAUACUGUCUAGAGGUCGAAUGUUCGAUGAGACCAAAGCGUGUUUGAACGAGCUCGUCGACCUUUGUAAGAAUAAGAAUAAUUCUGUUACUCUGGUUUGGGACAAGCUUGUUCGGAUUUAUAAAGAAUUCUCGUUUUCGCCAACUGUUUUUGAUAUGAUUUUGAAGAUUUUUGCCGAGAAAGGUUUGAUAAAGAAUGCAUUGUACGUGUUUGAUAAUAUGGGCAAGUACGGUCGAAACCCAAGCUUGAGGUCUUGUAAUUGCUUGUUGAGUAGUUUAGUUAGGAGUGGUGAAGGUCACACUGCUUGUCAUGUUUACGAUCAGAUGAUUAGGGUUGGCGUUGUUCCGGAUGUUUUCACUUGUUCAAUAAUGGUGAAUGCCUAUUGUAAGAACGGUGCAGUGGGUAGGGCGGCCGAGUUUGUGAAAAAAAUGGAGAAUAUGGGUUUUGAAACAAAUGCAGUGAGUUACCAUAGCUUGAUCAAUGGGUAUGUCAGUUUGGGAGAUGUGGAUGCAGCUAAGGGAGUAGUGGGGUUGAUGUCUGAAAGGGGAAUUUCAAGAAAUGUGGUUACAUACACUUUGCUGAUUAAGGGUUAUUGCAAACAAGGGAAGAUGGAUGAAGCAGAGAAGGUGCUCAGGGAUAUUUGGAAGUCGUCAUUAGUUGUGGAUGAGCAUGCUUAUGGUGCGUUGAUAGAUGGUUUUUGUCAAAUUGGCAAGAUGGAUGAUGCUGUUAGGGUUCAGGGUGAGAUGUUGAGGUUGGGCCUGAAAAUGAAUUUAUAUAUUUGCAAUUCCUUGAUCAAUGGGUACUGUAAACUUGGUGAAGUUAGUAGAGCUGAGCAAGUGGUAAUGGAUAUGGUGAAUUGGAAAUUAAAGCCCGACUCUUACAGCUAUAAUACUCUUGUUGAUGGGUAUUGUAGAGAAGGCUGUAUAAGUGAGGCUUUCAAACUUUGUGAUGACAUGCUCCAGGAAGGAAUUGAACCGAGUGUUGUAACGUAUAAUACUCUCCUCAAAGGUUUGUUUAAUGCUGGUGCCUUCAGUGAUGCUCUGCGUCUUUGGCAGUUGAUGUUGAAAAGAGGUGUAGCCCUGGACGAGGUUGGCUAUGGCACACUGCUUGAUGGGCUUUUCAAGAUGGGGGACUUUGAAGAAGCUUUAAAGUUAUGGAAGGAUAUACUAGCAUGGGGCUUUACCAGAAGUGGGAUUGCUUUCAAUACAAUGAUUAAUGGACUAUGUAAGAUGGGGAAAAUGGUGGAAGCAGAGGAGAUCUUUGACAAGAUGAAGGAGCUAGGAUGUUCCCCUGAUGGAAUAACCUAUAGAACUUUGAGUGGUGGGUAUUGCAAAGUUGGAAAUAUCGGCGAGGCUUUUAAAGUUAAAGAUGUGAUGGAAAGAGAAGCAAUUUCCCCUUCCAUUGAAAUGUAUAAUUCUCUUAUAAGUGGACUUUUUACAUGUAGGAAAUUAAGUAGAGUGACGGAUCUUCUUUGCGAGAUGCAUGCUAGGGGUUUGACUCCAAAUGUUGUCACUUAUGGAACCCUUAUUGCUGGUUGGAGCAAUGAAGGGAUGCUGGAUAAAGCUUUUGGUGCAUACUUUGAGAUGGUUGAUAAGGGAAUGAACCCCAAUAUAAUUAUAUGCAGCACUUUGGUCAAUUGCCUACAUAAUCUAGGUAGGAUUGAUGAAGCUAAUAUUUUGUUGCAGAAGAUAGUGGAUUUUGAUUUUUUUCCUGAUCAAGUGUGUUUUAACAAGAUCAUUGGAAGCGAGAUGAGACAUUUUGACACUCAGAAGAUUGCUGAUUCACUUGAUGAAAGUGCAAAAAGUUCACUUUUACCCAACAAUAUUGUGUACAAUAUAGCUAUUGCUGGGCUUUGUAAAGCUGGGAAGGUUGAUAAUGCUAGAAGAGUUCUCUCUACUUUGUUGAUGAGAGGGUUUAUUCCAGAUAAUUUUACUUACUGUAUCCUAAUCCAUGGUUUUUCAGCAGCUGGUAAUGUGAAUGAAGCUUUUAACUUACGGGAUGAGAUGUUGGAAAAGGGUGUUGUUCCAAACAUUACUACGUACAAUGCUCUGAUAAAUGGAUUGUGUAAAUUGGGAAACUUGGAUCGUGCAUUGAGGCUUUUUAAUAAACUACACCAGAAGGGGUUAGCACCUAAUGUUGUUACCUACAAUACAUUGAUUGACGGAUAUUGUAAGACUGGUAACAGUGGUGAAGCCUUAAAAUUGAGAGACAAGAUGACUGGAGAAGGUAUUGCCCCUUCUCUCAUCACAUACUCUACCUUGAUCAAUGCUCUGUGCAAGCAAGGAAGCAUGGAAGAAUCUGUGAAGCUCUUGAAUCAAAUGAUUAAGACUGGUUCAGAUCCCUAUCUUAUGGCAUACUCUAGACUUGUUCAAGGAUAUCUUAAAUGUGGAGAAUUACAGAAAGUCUCCAAGCUAUGUGACAGGAUGCUUAUCAUGGGUCCCUUUGCUGGAGUUAGCUCUCAUGAAUGGAUGAAUUUGACAGGUGUACCACAUAUUAAAAUAAUGCCUGAUGCAUAUAAGAUGUCCGAAGCUGUGUCUUGAUGCAUCCACACUGAACUAAUAGUUCUUUGAGAGGUUUAUUAUGUUAUUAGAGCAACUCAAAACACUGUCCAUUGUCUGUGCUAUCCAAUAUACUUAUUUGCAUCAAUGCAAAUUUUGAAGUUUUGGCCUUAACAUCAAGAACUAUGUUUGGGUAUUAUUUGGAGAGGCCUAGGGCUGCUGUAGCAGUAUCGUCACAAAGGAUAUGAAAAUUCUUAUUUGGCCUGUCUGCUUCAAUGAACUUCAGGGGAUAACGACUAUGAUGUUCAAUGGCAAAUUACUGCUGGACAAUGGAUCUUAAUUUUAACUAUUUCCAGGAUUAAUUUCAAUGAUGUAAUUCUCAUUUCUUCUAUAGUGCAAAGUGAGAAAGUAACAUAUGCACCAGAUGUUAGAAGUUUACUUAGGUGGUGAUAAUGAUGCCAAAGGAAUCUAUGAUAUUAGAGUUAUUUGCAAGGGCUGGUUACUGCUCAAGAACUUGUCCAAUAUGAAACUCUUUCUGUGGCAUUAUACUCCAGUGUGCUACAUUAGUAAAUUGUGACAAGUAUGCAUGCAUUUUGGUUUGUCUCUUCAGCUCCAGCUUAAAAUUUUGUUAAUUUGGAUGUAAAGUUCUUCAAUUAAUUCUGUAAUCAUCUGCAUUCUUCUGAAUUUUGAACUAUUUUACCUUUGAGAGUACAUUGGCCAAUUUGGAGUGAUAAUAUUAUUUCAUUGCUUUGAGUUGGCAGGUGGUUUGACAACUUGAUGGCAAUUUCAUUUGAAGCAUGGUGAAAUGCAGAAAAUCUUUUUGUGGUAAAUAUGUGAAAAGACACAGUUGCCAUACACAUGUUCUUUUUUUGUAAGUCAUGGUUAGGUGGCUAAGACGACCUCUUUGACUGCUGGUUGUACCAAAAAACAGUAAAUUUUAUUCAAUCAAUGGCACUCCAAAGGAAUUUAAAGUUUG